GUGUGAGUGUAUAUGGAGAUUUUUUUGUGAUUCAGAACACGGCCGUAAUAUCUUCCUUCGUGCCAAAUGUCAUUGACCUAUACCAAUUUUUCAAAUUCAUGAAAUCCAACUGAAAUUUGGUAGACAAGUUGAAAAAAUCCAUCAUCAUGACGUUCCCAACUCUAGCCCUUUCUCCAUCCCGUUUACUAAUCGUCCUCGCAUUUGGCAACCUCUUCUCUAUUUCGGACGCCAAAAAUUCCACAAUCCGAUGUGAACGGCGAGACAGGUGUUUGUGUCCCACGGACCCAGUCACCGCACGCUAUUCCGACCCAGAGGACCCCAGUUGUGAUCGCUACUACUUGUGCCACAUGGGGAAUGCUUUCCUCAAAUAUUGCGAUGUUCGAAACGCCUUCCAUCCGGAGAAGAAGGAAUGUCUGCCGAGGAUAAGUGUUCCUGAGGCUCUUUGUCCGGCAGCCGUAAAUUGUGACAAAAAUGGAUUUCAAGCAGACCCCAAAGACUGCACCAUGUACUACAUGUGCUUUUACCGACAAGCUUAUCAUUACGGGUGUGAAGUUGACCACUACUACGAUAAGGACAAGGAGGAGUGUCUCUUGGACAAAGUGAAGUCAUCCAGUUGCAGAAAAGCGAGAAGUGAAGUUCAGCCGGAAACCAGCAACCCACCAGCAAAACACCCAAAGAGGAUGCUCACCGAGUUUGUAGAACCCUUGCCCCAAGAUCUUGGUCAAGAUCAAGACCAAGAUCCAGGCGAAGAUUCAGAAUACGAAUAUUCAGACGAAACUGGCGAAUAUGACGAGGGCAAAGCACCAGAAAGUAAAACCAUCUACUACAGUUUGCUAGAAAAUGAGCUCAAUCUAUAAGAAAACACUAAGUUAUGAUUGAUUUGAAAUAUGUCGUAAUUCUAUUUUCUGUUCUUUUCGUGUGCUAAUAUAUGUAUACAUAAAUUCGUAUAAAAAUGAAAAGUCCCAGGUUGACGCCGAACUUUUUAAUGCAUUUUGUAUAUUUGUUAAAAAACACAAUUUUUAUUUAUUCAUUUUUGGUCCAAAUGACAUCAUGCGAGAACAUGCAUGCAGAGUAGGUUAUAGAGUUUUUUGUAAUUCAGAAAACGUUUGAAAUGGCUGAAGAUGCGGAAGGUGAAGAAAGUCGUCAAAGUUGUUGUGGAACGAUCUGCAUCCUGAAAAUUGACCACCCCCACAUUCCCUCGACCUCGGACCCUAUUUGAAAAAAAUCGUCAGUAGAUUCAAGGGUAGUAACGACUAACGAGCAAAUAACGAGUAUGCAUUCUCUGCUAAAUAGUUGCUUCGCUAAAGGAUUUUUUCCUCAACGAAUGAGGGAAAUUAUGUAUAAACAAGGAAACUUAAAUGCAAUUAAAACACUAGUUCAAGUAAACGAAAGAGAUUAAAUAUAAAUAAUGGCAAGCUGGUCAUUGCCCGUGUAAGUGCUAAGAAAUAAUCGACAUGAAUUCAGAUCCGUUAUCAGUCAUGCAUUCUCAUGAUCGCAAUCAGUUUAGUUUUGACCUCUCCAGACGAAGAUUAAUUAAAUAUGUACCGUUAUAAAUUUCUGAAAAUAAAUUGUU